UACGGUAACCUGGACCCACAUGGUCCUGCUGCAGUGGAUCAUACCCCACCGGAACUCUCUAAAACCUCUACCACUCAACAGCUUCUUUUUAAAACAUUUCACCACCUCAACAUCUUAUUGUUUUGAGGAAAUUUCUUCUUUUUUUUCUUUCAUCCCUCCUGCGCGCAGCCCGGGGUCUCGACCAGACUUGGGGCCGGUGAAACAGCGUCAUGGCUCGGGAGAACGGAGACACCGGCAGCGGAGAGACGUGGAAGAAACAGGUCGAUGACAUCAAGAAGAUCUUUGACUUUAAGGAAGUCCUCGGAACUGGGGCGUUUUCAGAGGUGGUUCUGGCCCAAGAGAAGCUGACCGGCCGCAUGUUUGCCGUGAAAUGCAUCCCCAAGAAGGCUCUGAAGGGGAAGGAGAGCAGCAUUGAGAACGAGAUUGCUGUGCUGAGGAAAAUCAAGCAUGAAAACAUCGUGGCUUUGGAGGACAUCCAUGAGAGUCCGGACCACCUCUACCUGAUCAUGCAGCUGGUGUCUGGCGGAGAGCUGUUUGACCGAAUUGUUGAAAAAGGAUUUUACACAGAAAAGGAUGCGAGCACACUGAUCCGACAAGUCCUGGAUGCUGUGAACUACCUGCACAAGAUGGGGAUCGUGCACCGAGACCUGAAGCCUGAGAACUUGUUGUAUUUUAAUCCACAAGACGAAUCCAAGAUCAUGAUAAGUGACUUCGGUCUGUCAAAGAUGGAGGGCAGUGGUGAUGUCAUGUCCACAGCCUGUGGGACGCCAGGAUACGUGGCUCCAGAGGUUCUUGCACAGAAGCCGUACAGCAAGGCAGUAGACUGCUGGUCCAUUGGAGUGAUUGCCUACAUUCUGCUGUGUGGUUAUCCUCCAUUUUAUGAUGAAAACGACUCCAAGCUGUUCGAGCAGAUCCUUAAAGCCGACUACGAGUUUGACGCACCAUACUGGGAUGACAUAUCGGAUUCAGCCAAGGACUUUAUCAGCUGUCUGAUGGAGAAAGAUCCGGCCAAGAGAUUCACCUGCGAACAGGCCCUCAGACAUCCCUGGAUUGCUGGGGACACGGCGCUCUGCAAGAACAUCCAUGAAUCAGUCAGCCGGCAGAUCAGAAAGAACUUUGCCAAGAGCAAAUGGAGGCAAGCGUUCAACGCCACCGCUGUGGUGCGGCAUAUGAGGCGACUACAACUUGGCAGCAGCAUGGGCAGCAGCAUGGACGCCUCCAACCCCAGGCCGAGCCAGACGCAGAGGCCGGUCCAAAGCCAGAGCCAAGCGGGGCAGAACCAAACCGCUCAGGGCCAAAACAGCGGCCAGGCAGCACAAAGCCAAGGCACCAGCAGCAACGCCAGCAAGAACUCCUCCGCAGAUAACAACGUAGCCGCUCCGCGCAAAGAAUGUGUCCCUGCACCCGUCACCCCCUGCAGCCUGGCAUCCGCAGCCUCGUCUCCCGCUGCAGGGACGGAGCUGACCCGGACCCACCCCUCAGCGGUGCCCGCCCCGAUGAUGACGGAGACCAAGUGACGCCAGGUACCGCGGGGCACCAGCUGGGAGGCCACAGCGCUGUGAGACCAAGAGAGUCCAAAAUAAAAAAUAAAAAAAUUGGACGACCAGAGAAGAGGGCGAUCAUACUCUUCGUUGUCCUUCCCACUCUUGGAUGCAUUUUCUCUUGGAUGUGGCACCCAACUAGUUCCCUGCCCUGCUCAAAGGAGAGCAGAGGACUUUAUAACGCCCAACCCCUACGAUUCAAGCCAACAUUGCCAUACUUUAUGCCCGACCAGGAUAGCUUACAGGAUUCUUCUUGUAGCAACAAAGCAUCCACAGACUCUCACUAAAGGAGGUCUGCAUGGUCGGCUGCUCUGUGCUUACGCAGCAACUGGGGACUCAUGGUGCAUCUGAUAGCAUCAUUAAUAUUCAGUCAACUACCCUCUGGAAUCUGGGCUUUUCUGUUUCAGUUUAUUCAGCUUGUUUCAACUUUGACUGUUGGCAACUGGAUUGUUUCAUUCUUUAUUCUUCCGGUUAAUUUAAAAGGUGGCAUGUGCAACUUUCAGUAGACAGAGCAUUGUCAAAUGAAUAUUGCCAUUUUGGUAUAAUUACUGUAAAUAAGCCAUAGGUGAGAUAAUUGACAAGGAGUCAGUUACUUCAUUGUAAGUAGGUAUUUCUCUAAAUAAUUGCUCGUUUCCCAGAAUUCUAUUGUCUCAUUUCACCAUCACUACAUUCUGUGUUUUGAGUAUUAAUGCAAAAAACAGGCAGACUGUCUUCUGUACAAUGAGCUCUCUGCGUAUACCCGGAUUUGACUAAAGACACAGAGUGAUUUGGCGACGACACAGUUAGGUGAGAAUCCUACACUUAACAUCUUUGUAUGUGUCCUUACAGGCUUGUUUUCAAUGUUCAUGCUUGCAGAAGUGCUUUAAAGGUACCAUGUAACUGUUGAGAUGUGGACGGCAUGAAUAUACGCUUUAUCUUUUGUGCACAAGGAAGGUCAGACCGGUUGCCUCUGACAAAUUAGCUGCCAUGCACAUGGAUUUAUCAGACAGAAAAAAAGAGAUUGUACACCUAUGAAAACAAAUGGAUGUCUUGUAAAGGUUGUUAACUGUGUAAAGUCAUCUAAUUUGUUUAAUUAUUUUUUUGUAACAAUCACCCUUUAAGAGAGAAGCAUACAGGUUACUAUGAACCAUGCAGCAAAUGGAAGAGAAAUGACAUAGAUCUGUGUUUAUGAGAAAACUGCCUCCACAUCAGAAUGGUAAUCAAUAUAAAUGACCAUUUGAGUUUCCCAUUGGAUUAGAGUGACCCAUAAGCAGUGCAAAGUACUCAUACCCCUUGAGCUUUUUCACAUUUUGCCGCAUUUACAACGCAUUUUAACAAAGUUUUCACAAACAUCCAUCUGAGAAGUGUGGCAUGCCUAUUCAUUCAGUCUCCAGAUAUUCAGUGCACAUGGCUGGACUGUAGUUACUUAGUAGGUGACAUCUGGAAGCAACUAGUUGUACUGGACAUUUUGUUGUAUGAGAGUAAAGGAUGCUGAAUGUGAGCAUACUUUUCACAUUUCGGCUUGUAAAGAAAAUAAGGAAAUACAUGUACCCUUUACAUUCCAAUUCUCAAUUAUAGUCUACUUUGGGUUGGUCUAUCAAAUAUACUAACCCCAAUUUACAGUGAAGUUUAUGGUGUUAAUAUAGCAAAGUGUGAAAAAGAUCAAGGGCUGUGAAUGCUUGUUGGAUGUACUGUGGUCCCAAGAAGGCGAAUAAAUGCAGGAUGGGUAGGAAACCAUCUCAGAGUAUCAGGAAGCUGUUUUAGCUGCCGUUCCUUCCCCCUCUAAUGAAGCCAUGAUCUCACCUUCUUCUACUUUAAGCUGCACCCAGUUCAGAAGUCCUCAGGGAAAUCUGUGGCUGCACUGUGAACACCAGUUUCCUGUUGGGUUUUUGUUUUGUUGUAUUCACGGUCGAUCACAGUAAAGAAGUUCUGGGAGAGGUUACUGUUAAUGAUCCAAGGGUCAAGAUCUGAGCUCAGCUCCUAUCCCAUUGUAUUAGUGAUGUGUCACAUGAACUUUGAGGAUUUGAAAAAGACAAAAGUAGUCCUUUUCAGUUGUGGACUUCUUGAAACUAUUACUUGAUUAGAUACAGGCUAGGUUUUGAAAUCAGUUUAUUAGCUUGUCUGAUUUUUUCCAAUGGAUUUAUUAGCUUAGCUUCUUUUCCUGUAAGUUCUGUUUAAUUGUUUUUUCCACCUUUUCUUCUUGUUUUGAAUGGUCCUGAUUUAAACAACCCAACUGGUAGUAUUAAUUUUUCAGACAUAAUUCAAAAACCGAACUGUUCACUGCCGGGUGCUCAAUCUCACACACAUAUCAGAUUGUCACAUCCUUAUUAGAUGUAAAUGUUAUGAUCCCUUUAUUGUGAAUUGUAGCCAAAGACUUGUGUUUGCUUUUGAGACAAACUGAUUCAUGUUAAAGUGGUUGACUAGUUACAGCAAAGUUAUUCUGGGGUGAAAUAGUUCAGAACACAAGCUAAAACUAAGGGCUGAACUCCAUCUGAAAACUAAUCUAGGAACGCAUGGGCCUUUGAUCCCUCCUUUUGCCAUAUACCUUUGUUAUUAUCUACACAGUUGUACUGCUAAACGAAGAGAGAAAAAGGGGGUCUCAGUUGAAGCAGGGUUGACAGUAAGCCCACCGCAUUGUUCUGUGUGUUAGGAAUCACCUGCCACACCCUGAAAUUGAUUUAAACGGACAACAAUGAGACAUUUCUCAGUCCAAAUAUAACUUUGGUUACAGAAGUCAGCAUUUUUUUAUUUUUACUGCUCUGUUAAGGUUUUUUAUAACUGCCAAAACUCUUUUCUCGUUUAAAUGUUUUAUUCUGGAAUAUUUAAGAUUCUUCAUCGUAAUUCUCUGUUGACCAAAGCUUAUGGUCCCUUUUGUCAGGUUGGUAAUUCGUGUUUUGCUAGUUUUUAUGCUGCAUUCUUCAAAACAGAGAAUUAUUGUUUGGUUGUGAGUUCACAGAGAAUAUUGGCUGAAGGGAAAUAAAACAAUUGUUUUAUUUCCAAAUAAGAAAAAGGUGAUGGUCAGCAGACUUGUAGUGGUUAUUUUGCAAAUAUGAAUCAUUACCCCUAAGUGUAAAAACCAAUCUUUAAAUGCACAGUUAUGUUUAUUUUUAGAAAGGUUUUGUUAAGAGGUUACGACCUUUAAUUUUUUAUUUGCUUUACUUUCAUUUAUUUUCCAACUUAAGGUUAGUCAAAGUUGAGGCCAAGACAAACGUAAUGUUCUGCUGUGUGAUUAGGACUCCCAUCUUAGAAGUAGGAACCUUUAAGCCAUCAUCGGGUUUGAUGUAGACUAUUAUUUUCAGAGAAGCUGGUUGUCACGGCACAUGACAGUGACCAUCCUAUUUGAAACACCUACUACUGGCCUGUCAGAUCUAUAUAGCUGAAGGACCAUAAAGAACAAAUUAAUAUUCAUUAAUUUGUCACACCACUUUCAAGAAGCCACAUUCAAACCCUUUUUGCAGAUCUUUUCAAAGGAAAGACCUUUGCCAAUUUUCUUCACAGAAACAGUCCAUAAACAACAUUUCCUGCCCCUUUUGCAUAUGAAAAAAUAUAUUUACUCACUACUCUUAAAAUACAACUUGUAAUGCUAGAGUUCACUGUAAAACAUUAUAAUAUUUACACCUGUUUGUUUGGCUGGACACAGUUAACAUUUAAUUUUGUUUCAGUUGGGAUGGUCUUUGCUCUGGACAAGAGCCUACCACCAACUUCCUAACCACUGACUUCUGUGUUAAUAAUAAAUCUAAUGCUAACAUGAUUGUGACUUAAAGGUUCCUAAAAAUGUGUUUAUAUGAAUUGAGGUGACAUUUUCGAAUUAUUUUAACAUGCCAGAAGUUUGCAUUUGUUUUGACCUUGCGAUGAUUAGCUGUUAGCUAGAAAGCUAAUCUCUGUUUCAUCAAUAUCUUAAGUAGAGCUGCAUGUAAUCAGGAAUAGUAUUGCUAGAAAAGCUGAAUAAUUUCCCAUUAAGCAGCAAAGUGGUGAAUCUGCAUACAUUAGUAUGCAUAAUCUGUCCUGCUUUAACAUCUCAUUUCAUGCUAAUUAAAAGGAACAGUUCAGGAUUUUUGAUGUGAAAUUCUGUUUAAGGGUUGCGAGCAGCUAAUAUUUUACCUGCGAUAGAUAACUCUGUUGGGAUCUUUAUUUAGUAUAAAUCUUGAUUAGUUGGUCCUGGAAGCUAAAGCUCACUACUAGUCCCAGGGGGGCCAAAGCGGACUCCUGCCAUCUUAAAACAACUUUAAUCUGAAAAACGAUAUUUUAUGAAUAUUUAAACUCUUAUGUUUGCCUCAGAUGGUUACUUACAUAAAAGCCAAUAAUUAUUUACACAGGAAAUAGUAGUAGGAAGUGGUACGUCACCAAUGAUUGUUCUGUGUGAAACAUAUCUCCCUGAAAUAUAUGUGUCUGAUAGAAACAUAAGGCCAUCUACAAAUAAAAAAAAAAAACUGUUUUAUUUAAACUGUUGUUAUAUAUCACUGUACUUUUAAAUCAAACAGAUACUUGGACGGGAAACACUUUACAUGUUCUGCUCUCAGUACAUGUUUUAUGCAGGAAGAUCAUUGGUGGCGCAGUUCCUCCUACCUUCAUUUCCUUUUUAAAUAUUCAUUGGCUUCUAAAUAACUGCCCAAUGCACAGACAAGAACAGUUUAAAAUUUCAUGAAAUAUUAUUUUCAUAAUUCGCUUUUAGGUUUUUGACAUUGGAAUCGUUUUAUGAUGGUUGAACUAUGCUUUGGUCAUUGCCCAUCUCAGAGUAGUUAGCUUUGUUGUAUACUACAGUGGUUCCCAACCAACUUUUUGACUUGUGUACCCCCUGAGCCAUUUAGUUAUACCACAGGUACCCCGUCAGUCAAAUGUGUUAGCAAAAGUAGAAUGCACAACAACUGAUUAUUAAAUCGAAAUCUUCUUAUUUCAUCUCAUAACUUGAACAUUUAGUUCUUAGGUUUUUUAUUCUUUUUAGCUCAAAUUGUAACAAAAACUGGAGCUCUUUUGAAUAAGACCCCAAAAAAACCAACAUUUAAACUAAAAAAAAAAAAAGAAACAGAACACCUAUAAAAAAAUAAUAUUUAGGCUCACUAUAUAAGUUCUACUUUGUUUUCAUCAUUUAACUGAGCUGUAUUGAGACACCUGAGCUUGAUUAUCUUCAAUAAGCUUUGAUAGAUCUGGAGGCAGAGUGCAAACAGCUGUUACUUUUCUCUUUCCCACUCCCGGUAGCGGAGCGUCAUACAGAUGAACAACAAUGACACCCCUGCUCUAGUCUUUCCUACCUGUAGUUGUUUAAUUGUGCCUUUUUUGCUCUUUUGGUUGAUAAGAGCUUGAUGUAUUUUGCACCUGGGUCCUAAUAAAACAUUACACAUUAUCCUUACUAACUGAUGAUAUUUACCCCUCAUCUUGGAAAUAAAAUAUUAAAUGUUUCUACGUACACCCUGCAAUGUGCUCACGUACCACUGGUAUACAACACAAAGACCCUAAGAAAGUUUUCUUUUGCACUUAAAAUAUUAACUACUUAUAACAUUUUCACCAGACCUCACUUCAAAAAAAUCCUGAACUAUCCCUUUAAGCGCCCACAAUUAUAUUAAAGUAAUUCUGGAGCAAUUCCCAAUGAUAUUUAAGAGGCUGUAAAAAUAAUGUUAUUAUAAAUAUUGAUUACUUUCCUUUUACUUUACACCAAAUUGGCCUAUGACAUUUAAAAUAUACCUCAUGCUCAAUACUGUGUAAUUAUAACAAUUUUAUAACAUACCUUCAAUAAUAUAAGACUUAGGCCCUGAUCUUCAAAGAUCCCAAUUAGCGGGUGCUAAUGGUGUUGUGAGCAAUUUUCAAAGAUUGCAAGUGCAAUGAAUAACAGGUGCAAAACAGAUGCCGACAGCCCUAUUUAAAUGAGGAAAUUGCAUGUGCUACUGGCUGGAACAAGAGGAAGAGCA